AUGGCGGACAGCGAUGAAGAUACGUUCGCAAGUUUUGGCACUCCUUUUGAAAUUCUUGAAGAAGAUGCCCCGCGUAAAAAGGCUGUUCCAAUACAUGAACAAAUUGUUACCGAUACUGAAGGAAGACGGCGAUUCCAUGGCGCCUUUACCGGCGGAUUUUCAGCUGGUUAUUUUAACACGGUUGGCACGAAAGAAGGAUGGCAACCUUCAACUUUCGUGUCAUCACGAUCGAAAAAAAUGGAACAAAGAGCGCAGAGACCUGAAGAUUUUAUGGAUGAAGAAGACAUUGGAGAGUUUGGAAUCGCUCCCAAAAGAAUAACGACAAAGGAAAAGUUCUCGGUAUUGGACCGAGAGCCUCAAAGCCGUAAACGGGUCGUAGAAGCGGAUGACGCACUAAGAGUUAUUCCUGGCGAACCCGUGUUACAGGAUCUUGUCCUUCCAGUGGAAAUGUCUGUCGGUGUUGAACUGUUAAAGAAGAUGGGUUGGAAGGAGGGGCAAGGAAUUGGACCUCGUGAGAGAAGAUCAAAGAAAAAGGUAAUUAUAAUGUUGAGCUUAUGUUUUUCACUUUUCUCUCUUUGUGUUCAAUUCUUGCAUUUGUAAGUUCAAUAAAUUGAAUUACAGAGGCAGGAUUAGCUCAGUCAGUAGAGCUCUUGACCACAGAGCAGAAGGUUGAGGGUUCGAUUCCCGGGGAUGGACAAGUACUCAGAAAUAACUGAGAAAAAAUAGCCGUCUGUCCAGUCUCCAGUAGGAGAUGUCAAAGUAGUGUCAUCAAUUAGUACUUUCGUGCUAAACGCACUAACACUCAAAUAAAUUGCAUUGUUAUCAUUUUUUUUGGUCAACCACAGUAAUUAAUGCAGUCUUGAGCUCACUCGAACAAAAACUGGAGAGGCACUGAUUGCCUCAAAAAGCUGAUGAGCCAUAAAUUUUUGAUUCAGAUAGCAGAACAACCAUUCCUAAUUAAAAUAUGAAGAUUGGUAACAUUGUUUACUUUAAAAAAGUUUUAAAAUUCCAAGCUUUUUAAAGAACUUUUUUUGCAAGACCAUGGUUAUGGAUUUUUAUUCGAGCCAUCUGCUCUUUGUUAAGUUUUGAUUAAAAUCCCAUACUCUGGUUAUUCUCAUGUUAUUACUACCCACAAGAAGCUUGACAGUAGCUAUCUCUUCAGGUUUAUGGUUGUUCCCUUCCACCUGGGCUUCCAUUCCAAGCAACGGACCAUAAUCAGGAAGAAGAAGAUAUUUUUGCUGUUGGUCUUCUCUUUGCUCCAAAAGAUAUUGAUGCCUUUACUUUUACUCCGAAAGACAACAAGCAUGGAUUGGGAUAUAAAGGUUUGGAUCCAUCAACUGCAUUGAUCGGUCGAGAUGACUGGCUUGGAAUUGAUCCUGUAUCAAGCAGAGUAGGAAAGAAGGGCAUCGCUGGGGAGGUACGAUUUAACCCAUUAAGCCUCAAUAGCCACAUACAAAUUCUCCAAACUGAUCUCCAUACAUUUUGUUUAAGAAAAUUAGUUAAGAGAAUCUGAUAAAAGAUCAUGGCAUUUUCUCUUUGGUGAUCAUUUUAUUAAUUCUCAUAACUUUAUCUCUUGACAAUGUUGGUCACUAUUCGCACCUAAAGGGUUAAGCCCAACUUCAUAAUGAUAGACUUUGUGUCCUACAAUUCAGGAAGUAAUUCAGCAAGUCAUUUUAAAUUCGCCAGUUUGAAUUACAAGCCUGAUUACCCCUGAAUUGUACAUGAGCUCUAUUUGAAAUCACAAGUAUGAUUUAGACCAAAAGUGCACAACACAAAGUUCAAUAAUUACUGCUUUUUUUUCAUCCUGUAACAUGUUUUUGUUCUUGACAGUCAUAUUAGCUUGAUCACUAGCUUUCCUUAGCUGAUCUAGUUUGGUUUUAAAAAUUGAAAACUUUUGUUAUGUAGUUUUGAGGAUGUGGAACAGCAUACAAGGAACAUGUGGAUUUCUUCACAUAUGCUAUUUAUUGGUCGAUUAUGACGUGUAUCAUUGACUUUGUGUGACGAUAUACAUCAAAACUAAUAUGAGAGAGGACAGCAUUAAGAUAUGACAUUAUCGCAGUUGCGUUUGUUUCAUUCAAAAUUAGGUGUCAGAAGGUUGCAUGACUUUGAUUUAAAUGAAGCUAUUGAUGUUUAUGAUUAUUUUUCUCACAUAUUUUCUAUUGCCAUUGUAAAAGUUUUGAAUACCUUAAUUAACCAAGGUUUCAGUUCGUGAUAUCGCAAAAAUUAAGAGACUUAUGUUUCAAAAUUUAGGAAAAUUGCUACAUUAAAGUGCUGCUAAAUAAUGAUUUUUCAAAAUUGCUAAAUUAUCAUGUCACCAAAAUUUCAUGUAAUGUGUAAUGAGGUACAGCUUGAAUCAUGCGUUGGGGAGACAAGGCUGCCUAUACAAACUACAUGUAGUUUGCUGUAAUAUUAUUGUACCGUGCAUGUAGAGUCAUAAUAGCCCAUGAGGCCAAAGGCCAGAUGGGCUAUUGACUCAGAGGCCAUAAGGGCAAGAGGAAUAAUUGUUUUAGUAAAAUUCAACUAGUUGGUCAAUAUCAAGACAAAACAACUCUAGCUAGUUAAAGCUAGACUUUAAUCCUUUUUUGCCGCCAAAAAGCCACCAGUAGGCUACAACAUAUAGCCUAGUAGUAGCUCAACCAAUCAGAACGCAGCAUUGAUAAUAGACCACUAGUUGGAUUUUACUAAAUAAUAUCACAACUCUGAGUAUACAAAAGGAAAGGUUUCCAAUGUUAUUGCUUGUUUAUGCAUGUAGGCCUUUGGUGUUGGUGCUUUUGAAGAGGAUGAUGAUGACAUUUAUGCAGUAGAUCACAUGUCAAACUAUGACGCAGAGCUGACAGCUGAUCGUAGUUCGGGUUUGCAUGGUUGGACUGGUCCCCCUAAAGAAAGUGCCAGAGGUUAGUUCCUGUAACGUCUCUUUGCUAAAACCCAUCCCCAGUGGCUGGAUGUGAGGAAACAGCCUGUGAAUACAGCUGUCUCACCUGCUCCUCCCCACCAGGGAUGUUUCUCAGGAGAGACGUCUGCACUGGAAUGGCAGAAAUGCCAUAUUAAUGACAUAAAUUUAUUAAUAAUAUACAUUACUGAUCUGGAAGUCUGGGGUUUUAAAUGUAUAUUUGGUUCACCUAGCUGUUGGGGGUGCCAUACCUAAGGAAUAUCAGAUGGUUUUGUUUUUUUAGCCUGAUGAAGUUUGCUGCCUCUACAUCAUGAUCUGCUUAGUUGUCGUGAUUGCUAUGACAAAGGGAAAGAAGGACAUACAUUGUAGUGCUUAGGAGGAAGUUGCCUGCCAAAUUACAUAGGAUACCAAUAGUCUGCAAGCAAGCUCUCCAGGGCACUCUGUUGGUGGGGUAGGAAAAGGAAGGAGAGCUUGCAACUGUCUCUGGAAUUUGAAUAUCUGCAUUGAAAAAGUUGAUGCGAAAUGCUGAUUGGCGAAGAUGACACUAGUAUUGACGUCAUUACCUUUUUAAAGUGUUUACAUUCACACUUGUUUCUGCUUUGCACUGAUUGGCGGGAUUCUGACAGCUCACUCGACAGGGAGCCAUAGAGGAAUUGGAGGUGGAAUUGACAUUCCAGAGACGUAAUUGCAAACUCUCCUUCCUUUUCCCUCCCCGCCUCCAGAGUGCCCCCGAGAGCUUGCUCGCAGGCUAGACACCAAGUGUAGCUGAUGUUUAAGCACACUUGCACCCAACAUAACCUUGUUUGGUUGUCAGCUCCUUGUACUCUCUCAUUCUCCCUACCUUUGAGAGAACAUUUUGUGAGAGAGAUGUUUUCAUUCAUUUUAGCCUCAGCAAUUCCAUACUGAUGACAUAAAUCAAUGUUUACACAGCUACUCUGGUAGUUGUGGGUAGUUCCACAGGCAUUAGUCUUUUUAGUAGUGUCUUUUUCUCCCCAUUAAUUAUCAAGCGGACAGAUAGUAUGUCAGUCUGUCAAAAGGCUGGAUUUGGGAUAGUAGUAGAGUUUUACUGAAUGAAUGCUCUAAAAAUAAAGUGGUUUCCUCUCAAAUGCUUAUUUAUUUGCAUUUAGGUGGUGCACUGUCAAUUUUCACAGCCACGCCCAAAGCUACGGAUGCCAUGAAAUCCUUUCCUCCACCUGUGGUCCCACGAGACUUCAACUGCACUCACACAUUUUCCAGUGCUACAACGGUGACAGCCACAAAAUCAGAAGAAAAUAAUCAAAUAAGAAAGUCUUUGACUGCUUCAGACAGAGGGGAAAUUCUUGGUGAAGAACCCAUUCCCACCCCUAAGAAAUCCGUUUUUGAGUUUAUGGCUAAAGAGGACAAAGAACGUAUUUUGUUGUCUUCGAAGGAGGUGGUACCUAAAGCUUCCAGUUCGCCACCUACGGCUGUGAGCUCUGUGUCAAGUGCUUCAGUCAAUUUGUCCUCGAGGAUCUGGUCUGGACAUAGUAGUUUUAAGCCAUUUGCAAAAGAUGCAGCUAAACAAGCAAGGUAUGAGGAGUUUUUGAAGACGCAGAAAGGAGAACAGGUCUCCCAAAAGCUUAUUGACAGGUGAGUCAAAUGUGUUUUGUGCUUUGGCUUAUAGCUAACAACGUGUUCCAGACAGUUGGUGGCAGGGCUUACUUAGUAAGCAGAGGCGGUACCCUGAUCAGACUGCUAGAGAUGCCCACAAACAGAUGGAGCAACAUUUCAUGUAGCCGGCGGCAAAAAAAAACGCGAACUUAUCUUGGUCUUGCCUAGUCCCUGUACGGCGUUUUCCCUCUCUUUUUCGCUUGGACCACGUGACCCGAAACGCUUUGGCCGCGCGGAAUAAUGAGCCUAGGGACUAGGCAAACUUCGGUUAGGAUUGUUUGUUUGUUUGUUUGUUUUUUUUUAUUUUAGUGUUUGGCUGUUGACAACAAAGAUAACGUUCCCAGUGAGGCAAUCACAACCACAUUUUGCGGCUGCCAAACACGUUUGUCCCCGUUUGGUAGAAAACGUAGAAGAAAGUACUUUAGACAUUAUUAAAAUUACUGUUAUUAUUUUUAUUUUACUGCAGUGGGCUGACAGAGUGGGAGCGAGAGAGAGAACAAGAAGAAUUUUCUCGCUCUGCUGCAUUGUACCGACCCCUUAACACAGCAAUGGCGGCAAGAUUUACAACUGCACAGUAUCAAGACGACCACAGAACUGUUUACGAGGACGUCCCUGCUCAGGAAUCUUCAGACUCAACAGAUCAAAUUAAGGCCGCCAGCAUGAAAAUGUUUGGAAAAUUAACUCGCGAUAAUUUUGAGUGGCAUCCAAGUAAAAUCUUAUGUAAGCGUUUUAACAUUCCAAACCCUUAUCCUGGUUCUGAUGUUGUUGGUGUUCUUAAAACACGAAGGUCUAAGUUCACUCUUGGAGAGUUUAUAACGCCGGUUAAGCCGCAUUCUAUAGCUAACGACCCGUCCACGAGAUCUGGCGAAGAUAGCCAAUCCGACAAACUCGAUAAAAGGUCUGAAACUACCGGGAUAAAUAACGCGUUACCGAAGACUUCAGAAUCAGUGUCGAUGACAUCUGAGUUAGUAGCAAGAACUUCCGCUGAAUCUUCGUCAGCAACCACGUCUGUCUUACCAGAAACUAAUGUACGAGUAACUGAUGUACCAGAAAGUACAGGGGUAGAGAAAACCACCAAAGAACCACAAAAUAACGAGGAUACAUCUGCUCCCAAGCGACCACCAAUGGAUUUGUUUAAAGCGAUAUUCGCUAAUUCGUCUUCCGACGAAUCCGAAGCGAGUGAGGAAGGCGAAGAUGACGAUACCGAACGUUUAUCGAUCCAGGCUUCGGGGGAUCAAACAGGGAAUAAAGAGGCUGUGAAUAACAAUGGUGAAGUAAACAGGAAGUCGGAUUCUCAUACUACUCAACAGAGAAUGUUAGAGGAAGGCUUGUCUAACGUGAAACAUAACGAAGAAGAACUCAAGCCUACUGAAUCCGAGCCUGUAAAUGUUAAACCUCUUGAAGCUGAGAAACGGGAAACAUCUCCUGAUAUAUUUGGUCCUGCUCCUCCUCCUGUUGUUCGUAACAACGAGUUUUCAAGUCCUCUGUCGAGAGAAAAACACAACAGAGACGGAGCUUAUAGCAAGGAAGACUUGGAAAGUGCAAGGCGUAUUAAGAAAGACAAACGUAAGGACACAAGAAAGCGUUACUCUGAAUCAUCAGACAGCGAGGAAGAGUACAAGUCAAAACGCAAACAUAAACAUAAGGAGAAGAAGAAACACAAGCAUAAGCAUAAAAGCAAGAACAGACAUCACGGCGAAGAGAGGGAAAAACACAAACUAAGUGACAAGAAAGAUACCCAAACAAAUGAUUCCAGACAGGCUGAAAACAUUUCUUUGUCAGAUGAUAAGCAGAUUCUAAAUAAGUUGAAGAAUUUACAGAGUUUAAAAGCAGGGAAGAGGAUGCGCGCCAUGGAUUUCAUGUGA